CCACCUCGUACGUCGACCGACGCUCAACCAAUUUUCACUCAAAUCACCGCCACCAACAACUCUCAUCAAUAAUGUCUGGCAAAGGAAAAGCUGGCAAGUCCGGAGGCAAGUCUGGCGACGCUUCCAAAUCGCAGUCCCGCUCUGCAAAAGCUGGUCUCCAGUUCCCGGUCGGUCGUAUUCACCGUCUUCUCAAGCGUGGAAACUACGCGCAGCGCGUUGGUGCAGGUGCUCCUGUUUAUCUCGCUGCAGUGCUCGAAUACCUUGCGGCUGAAAUUCUCGAACUCGCUGGUAAUGCCGCUCGCGACAACAAGAAGCAACGUAUUGUCCCUCGCCACCUUCAACUCGCCAUCCGAAAUGACGAAGAGCUGAACAAGCUCCUCGGCAACGUCGUCAUCUCACAAGGUGGUGUUGUACCAUUCAUCAACCCCGAGCUCCUUCCGAACAAGUCGGCGAAGGGCAAGAAAGACUCGCAGGAGGUGUAGAUGUGAUUGCUUGCAGGGUUUCUGGAUUCCGUGUAUUAGCUAUUUAUCACCCUCUGUAUUCUGUGCCUAUCUACGCUUGUAAUGCCCACAGACAUCUAAACUCAUACCGUGC